AUGCUCGCCCCAACUAUUCAACAAGGUGCUGGUUUGGUCAAUGCUUUUCAAGCUUUAACAGCUACCACGAUCAUAUCACCAAGUGAAUUAGCAUUGAAUGAUACAGUUAGACAAGAGGCUUUCUACAAAAUCAAAACAUCCAAUAUUGGUAAAAAAGCAGCCGUGUACAAAGUCAGGCAUCAUGGAGCUGCAUUGGCUACUGGUUUACAGAAAGGAAACGAUCAACUUUUGUCCCAACCCAUAUGCACUGCUGACUAUGCUGUGAGUAUUAUAUGA